UUGGUGCCUGUUCUGGGCAGCGAUGGGGAUGGACAUCAGGACACCAAGGACAACUGCCCACAGCUGCCGAAUAGCUCCCAGCUGGACUCAGACAACGAUGGGCUUGGAGAUGAGUGUGAUGGGGACGAUGACAACGACGGGGUCCCAGACUACGUGCCUCCCGGGCCUGAUAACUGUCGCCUGGUACCCAAUCCCAAUCAGAAGGACUCAGACGGCAAUGGUGUUGGUGACGUGUGUGAGGAUGACUUUGACAAUGACGCGGUGCUCGACCCCCUGGAUGUGUGCCCCGAGAGCGCGGAGGUGACCCUCACGGAUUUCCGGGCCUAUCAGACUGUCGUCUUGGACCCUGAGGGCGAUGCUCAGAUUGAUCCAAACUGGGUCGUGCUCAACCAGGGCAUGGAAAUCGUUCAGACCAUGAACAGUGACCCCGGCCUGGCAGUUGGAUAUACAGCCUUCAACGGCGUGGACUUUGAAGGCACCUUCCAUGUGAACACAGUGACCGAUGAUGACUACGCAGGCUUUCUGUUCAGCUAUCAGGAUAGUGGCCGUUUCUACGUGGUCAUGUGGAAGCAGACCGAGCAGACCUACUGGCAGGCCACACCCUUCCGAGCUGUUGCUCAGCCCGGGCUACAGCUCAAGGCAGUUACGUCAGUGUCUGGCCCAGGAGAGCACCUCCGGAACGCCCUGUGGCAUACUGGCCACACCCCUGAUCAGGUACGACUGCUAUGGACUGACCCACGAAACGUGGGCUGGCGCGACAAGACCUCCUACCGCUGGCAGCUGCUGCACCGGCCUCAAGUUGGCUACAUUCGGGUGAAGCUCUAUGAGGGUCCUCAGCUAGUGGCGGAUUCUGGGGUGGUCAUUGACACAGCCAUGCGAGGAGGGCGUCUUGGUGUCUUCUGCUUCUCCCAGGAAAACAUCAUUUGGUCCAAUCUCCAAUAUCGAUGCAACGACACAGUGCCCGAGGACUUUGAGCCAUUCCGGAGGCAGCUGCUCCAGGGAAGACUGUGAAGAGGCAGCCACCAGAUUCAGAAUCCUGAUUUUAGACCCUUUAGCCUUGGUGUCCAUCCUGGAGACCCUGGGGUCUAAUCUACAGCCACUCGGCCAAACACAGACCGUCCUCUGGCACCCACAGGAGUUCAGCCCCAGAGG